AUGCCCCUCAAUCUUUUGGCACGCGCCAAAUCAAAGUUCAAAUCCUUCAUAAAUUUGCGCUCAACUUCUUCUAUCAUCAAGGAUGAGAGCAAGUUUCUGGUGGCGCAGCUUGAAUCAUCAGGGAUGAUAACGGACGAGGAAGUGUUGCAUUACUCGAUAAUUUCGAUGAAGGAUAAAUAUCCUAAAUUCGAAAAAGCUUUAAAAUUUCCAUUGGCUGCUAAGGAAUAUACCCUUCCCUCAUCUACUUGCAAUGGUUUGGUGCUGGUUUUUGUACGGGAAAGAUAUGGAAGGCCUACAAGGGAGGCUUUGUGGAACCCGACCACAAGUGAAUUCAAAACCCUUCCUCCAGCACCCUCAUCCUUUGACAACAGGUAUUUGAAGAUGUCCCAAGGUUAUUUUGGUUUCGGGUUUGAUUCGGCGUCCGAGGAUUACAAGGUGAUAAGAUUGCUCAAGCGCAAGACUGAACAUUGCUACGCACCCCAAGCUGUGAUGGCCGAACUUUAUUCGCUCACAACUGAUUCCUGGAAACAAUUCAGCCUCGUUCAUCCUUGUAUUCCACGGAACCCGGGUGUUCACGUAAACGGCACUUAUUACUGGUUAACUCUCUUUUAUCCCUGUUUUAUCAUGUCUUUUGACUUUGCUACUGAGAAGUUUGCUUCCUCUCUUAUUCCUGCACCCCCGAGUGAGGAGCUCAAUACUAGAAAUGCAUACCAUGAUAAUAUCAAGCUCGUGGAAUAUUGUGGGUUGCUCGGUGCUAUGGUUAUCUCGAGUUUGGACAGGUGGCCAAGUUCACUAGAAGCAUUGCGUAGUUUGGAAAUUUGGGUUUGGGAUGGCUCGUGGUCCCUGGUGUCCACGCUCACCGUCCCUUAUGCUGUGGAUUUAAAGAGCCUCGUUGGGACUGAGAAAUUGAUUUAUUUGGGCUUGAAGAAAUUGAUGCUUUUUGAUUGUGCGACAAGCAAGUUGGAGGAGUCAUCUCAAAUCAAACACCCCGACGGUACCAUCACCUUUUUCACUUGA